GGUAGGGCGAUAAGAUCUUACCAGCUCACAAACAGCUUUGACAUCGCAUUGCAGCUGUUGGCCUCGUCCUCAAUCUGUUUCUGGUUCAGUCUCGACGCGUGCACUUAGAUUUUUGUCCCGCAACAUGCUGCCAGAGCCUGACAGGAUGAGUGCUUGAGGACAGGAUUGUGCAUGUUGAUGAAUUCGAGAAGGCAAUUCGUAAGAGUGACUUCCAAGAGUUCUGCCACUGUCGAGUAACGUUGGGCGGUAGACAAUUUGCAAUUGAGCGGGUCAAAUUUUGAGUCUACUAGUUACGUGAAUGACGCGUGCCUAAUGAUGCGGGCUGAUGAAGGGAAUACGGUGACCCGCCUGCUCUGGACGUGAGCAUAGGCUAGUUCAAUAAGUCUUGUUCAACACGAAGCAUGUUCAUAGCACGAUCGAAAAUUAUCAAUUGAGGCGUUGUGCAGAGACCACGAAGCGAAGCAGAAGGGUUCACGGAAUGCAAUCGUGUUGUACAUGUCGAUAGGUCUGGGACUGGUGUGUAGGUUUGGUUAGGAAUGAUCCAACAAGGGGAAGUUCUUAGGAACAAUUAGGGGCCUGGGCGUGAGAAGGAUUGAAUAUGCGGACGAAGACGGUAGAUGGAUGGCAGCGCAAGGACCAUUUCCGCUUGAGCGUAAUGAAGACUAUGAAGAAUCUGCGUCAAGCGCGUCCGGGGAUGAUUUUUGGCAUGAUUUUGCUCACGGGAUUAGUAUUGAUUCACCUGCACCUGCACCUUCGACAAGAUUCCUCACAGGCUAGCGAAAACACCGUCAGUGGAUACCUGCCAGGCACGGUACGAGACGAUCAGAUAUUUCAGUGCGAUCGAUCACAAUGGCGGACGGACAUCUGCAACUUGCGCGGUGACGUUCAACUAGAGAUCUGUAACGGCACGAAGGCGUUUGUCCUGUACGCGAAUCAAGCUGUCGAAACCACGCAACUUGUUAGGAAGGAGACGACGAAGCCAUACUCGCGGAAAUGGGAGGAAGAUUCGAUGAGUUCCGUCAAUGAAGUCACGCUGCUCAGGAUGCCAGCCUUAUCACUUGCAGCUCAAGCCACUAGGCGCCCGUGCGAUGUCCGUCACAAGGUGCCGGGCAUCGUCUUCAGCACCGCAGGCUACACUGGCAAUCUUUACCACGAGUUUAACGACGGCAUAAUUCCCUUAUUUAUAACCAGCCAACACCUGCGUCGGGAAGCCGUGCUCAUUAUUUCGAGCUUUCACAAUUGGUGGUAUUCGAAAUACCGAGAAGUGAUAGAACAGAUCACCAAAUAUGAGAUCAUCGAUCUAGAGCGGGACGAACGAGUUCAUUGCUUUCCGGAGAUCGAAACUGGCUUGCACAUCCACGGUGAGUUAAGCAUCGACGCAAAUCGAAUGCCUCUCAAGGAAGGCAUUCAAGAGUUCCGUGACAUGCUCAAUCGAGCCUACAAGCCCGGACCAGAGGAUGAACACAAGAUUAGAGCUAGAUUAAAAAACAAGAUAAAUCCGCGCUUAACCAUCAUUGUACGACAAGGGACCAGGAAGCUGCUGAACCUGGACGACGUGAUUCACCUGGCGGAGCGCAUCGGGUUUAAGGUCCAUCUGUUAACGCCGGACCCCACCAUGGAGCUGAAGAAGAUCUUCUGGUUGCUCAACAACACAGAUGUGCUGCUGGGCGUUCAUGGGGCCGCCAUGACCCACUUUCUAUUCAUGCGCCCGGGGAGCGUGUUCAUCCAGAUCGUCCCGCUCGGCACGGACUGGGCCGCGAAUGAGUACUUCGGAGAGCCGGUGAGCAAACUGGGGCUCAAGUACAUGCCCUACAAGAUCCAACCUGAUGAGAGCUCUCUCAGUGACAUAUACAACGCCACGGAUCCUGUCUUAGUCGAUCCUGAUCGCAUCACGCAAAGAGGGUGGGGCGAUCUGAAGAAGAUCUACCUGGAGGCACAAGAUGUGCGUCCAUCGCUGCAUCGCCUGCGGCAAGUUCUGCAACAAGCGAAGCAGGAUUGCAGACCUUUGUCUCACGAGAACAACACAUCCAGGAAGAGUAGAUUCAUGAAACACUGAAACUGAUCCAUCCCCAUCAUCAGAUUCAACACUGCAUGAAAAAAAUAACGAAACAUCUUUUGGAGCUCAUUCAACCAACACUGCACAGAUCCAUCGGAGCAGAUCCUACACCUCCGUGAUCGAAAUCAUCUAGAUUAGCGUCGCAAGUUCGACUUGGCCAUUGUUUAGAAAGCAGAAACCAAUUCGACGAUGGAUCUUUCGUUCUGUGCUCUGCGGCCACGCACUCUGUACCAUAUCAUUGAAUUCCAUUGAAUUUAACCACCAUUUUUUCUUCUCCCAA